AUGGCGAUCGCCCCGUCGGAAUUCCGAGCCUUCUGGAUAAACGUGGUGGAUGGGCGGAUUGCGGUAGGCUUGGGUGCCGAGCCUGGCAGGCGGGUGGUGCUCUUAUACAAGGACCGCAACCCUAACCUGGACGUGAUGUUCGUCGGGCUGAGCACGUGGGACAAGCACGUUGGAUAUAGGAACAUCCGCGUGUUACCACAUUCUGACACCACCAAUGGCUCAUCGCCACGUGGGUUCUGGGCGUCUCUGGUCAACUCGCCCGAGUUUUCAGACAUUGCUUUUGCCAUUGGGGGAGAUGUGGGUGUUGGCAGUGUUGCGGGGGCUGCGGGUACUGCUGCUGCUGGUGGCGGUGUUGCUGUUGCUGCCAUGGGGGGAGGGGGGGAUUGUGGCACCGCUGGGGCUAGUGGUGGUGGUGUUGGUGUUGGUGCUGGUGCUCCUGGUGAUGCUGCUGGUACAACCGAUGCUGCUGGUCCUGCUGGUUCUGCGGGUGCUACUGGUGCUGCCAGUGUUGCGGACGGAAAAGUCAGAGGGACACGAAUUGCAAUGGGUGCGGAGAAUUUAGGGAACACCCUUGUUUCCCGCUCCUCCUCCUGUCGCCUGAUUCCCGCUCACAGACUGGUGCUGGCAGCAGCAUGGGCAGGCUUCGAGGCCUUGUGCAGACGCUACGGUUCUGAGGGGUGUGGUGCGUUGUUGUUGGGAGGGGUUUCAGGGAACAAUGGUGCCAAUACGGCCGUUGUGGGGGCGAAUUCGGGAGAUAGCGUGAUGGGAGGGGGCAACAGAGGAAUGCCAACAGCAGCAGCAGGAGCAGCAGGAGCAGCAGGAGCAGCAGGAGCAGCAGGAGCAGCAGGAGCAGCAGGAGCAGCAGGAGCAGCAGCAGCAGCGGCAGCAGCAGCAGCACCCAUCUCACUUCCACCGGCUGGGUCAUCACAGAAGCAGCGGGCUGAAGAGAAGCUGCUCAUGGUCCCCCUGCCUCAUGUUGACCCCGACCUCUUUCUGCUGCUCCUCACGUUCUACUACAUGGGACGACUUGAGGUACCCCUCGCGCUCAUCCGUCCCCUCCUCUAUCUCGCACACGAGCUAGGGGCGCAGGAAUUGCAUCGGGCAUGCGAAGCAGCACUGCUGGAGCAUGGCAUGGAUCAUGAAGCGCCUGGAAAUCGUCCAGAGUCAACAGAGGCGAGCAAGGGGAGAGAGGCGAGCAAGGGGAGAGAGGCGAGUCUUAUGCGUCCACCUGCCACCAGUAGUGCUGGACACACGCACACUCAUAGUCAUUAUUGCAGCAGCUACAGUGACGUGAGCGUGCGGGCGGCGCAGCCCGGCAGCACAGUGUUUGGAGCGCACAGGGUGGUGCUCUGCGCCUGGAGUGCCGCCUUCCACAAGAUGCUGACAAGUGGCAUGCGGGAAGCCACUUCGCGCGAGAUUGUGAUCGGAGGUGCUUCUAAUGAAGCCGUUUCCGCUCUCCUGCACUUCUUCUAUACCGGACAGCUGCCCCCGACGCCCUCGGCACAUUCACAACAGAAGCGGUCACAACACUUGCAGUCACACCCCUUACGCUCACACCCCAUACAGUCACACUCCUCGCUACAGUCGUCCUCGUCACAGUCACCCUCGUUUCAAGCACAAUCCUCGCCUGAAAGCAUACAGGCCGUGCUGCUCUCGCUGCUGUGCCUGGCUGACCGCUUCUGCAUCCCGGCUCUCCACCAUGCUGCGAACGAGCGACUGUUAGAGUGCGUUGACGAGUCAUCAGCAUUCACCACGCUGCGAGUCGCCUUGUCAAUCCCAGGAGAAGCCUGCUCGCACCUGACAGCUGUCGCCGCGUCAUUGGCCGCAGCGCGUCAGUGGGUGUUUUGGUGGGCCGAUGCUGGCGGGGAUGGGCUGAGAGGGUUGCCUGCUGCUGCGCUCACCGCUGUGCUGCAGGUGUGCUGGAGCAUGUGUGAAUGCACUCACCGGUUACGAGUCAGUGGGUGUUUUGGUGGGCCGAUGCUGGCGGGGAUGGGCUGA